AUGCGCAGGUUGCCUUUAGGUGCCGUGGGAAUAUCGGAGCGACCAGUGGGGUUGUGCCCGCAGAAGAAUUCACUGUUCGAUAAACUGACCGUCCGGGAGACGAUCCGGUUCUUUCAUCGACUAAAGGGAAGCAGCACUAACUGUGAUGACGAGAUCAACGGCUAUCUGCACGCACUUCGCUUUGCGGAUAAAGCUGAUGAGCUCGUCGAGAAUCUGUCCGGUGGAACGAAGCGUAAGCUGUGUGUAGCCGUAGCGGCCUGUGGCGAAUCUAGGGUAGUUCUUUUGGAUGAGCCAACCGCCGGGAUGGACCCCGGCGCGAGAAGGGACAUUGAAAAUCUUCUACAGCAGAUCAAACCCAAUCGAACAAUCCUUCUAACGACCCAUUACAUGGAUGAAGCCGAAAGAUUAGGGGAUUGGAUAUACAUUAUGCAAGCGGGGAGAGAUGCGGUGCUGAUGAGUUUUGGGGUGUCUUUAAAUACACUCGAGCAAAUCUUCUUGAAGGUCGGCGAGCUAGGAAUGGAAAAGGCUGGAAUGCAACCGAUACAAGAAGGCCCGAAAGCGACUGACCAUUGGGUUGGUCGAUCAAAGGCCCUUGACUUCACAGCAGUAUCCCCAAUAAAAUGCAUCGUCCAAUCAGACGAAAGCCGUCCCCGGCAAGAAGUCUCCAUCUACCAGCAGUACCUAGAAGAUCAGUGCGCGCGAUUUCUGAAGCUCGACCCCGCGCGAUCGUUUGAGGAGCAAAUGUUUGAGGAACCAAAGCACCUGCCAGCACUCGGCGUCGGUGUUCGUCUGCUGGCCAAUGGGACGCACGCCAUAUUCAAUUCUUAUGCGUACCAUGCUGCCCCUGCUGCCAUGCAUCUUGUGGCGAAUGCGAGGCUGCGGCAUUUCACUGGAAAAGUAACAGCCGCAAUCCACUCAUCAAUUCAAAUCUAUGUGCCAGCCAAUGGGAGCGAGAGCGCUUCAGAAGAGGAACGAAUCAUGAAUCGCUUCGUAAUUGUCCCCGUGUUGAUCUUGGCAUUUGCCCUAACCACUUCCUCGUUCGUCAUGUUCCACGUCGAGGAGCGCGCUUCGCAUUUUAAACAUCAGCAACUCCUCACAAAACUGCACCCCUCUCUUUUCUGGACGGCUUCGAUCAUCUAUGACGGCGCAAUAUUUUUCUUCGUCUGCGGCGCGUCGAUCAUGCUCUUUUGGUACCACGGACUAAUGAAUGGGGAACUGCAAUACGUUUUGUUACUUUGGAGUCUGUAUUUCUGGGCCUGCUGCCCUUUGAUCUAUUCAGCUUCCUACUUCUUUGAAUCGCCGUCAAAAGCUAGCACUAUAUUGUUCGUUACUUCGGCCUUUGCCGCUGUUGUCGUCGCACUGCUAGGGGUACUUCAGUAUCACGAACAACUUGAGGUUGUUCUGAUGUUCUUCUUCCCUCCAUACGCGAUGGGCGCCGGGAUGAGCGCGAUUCAGGAUUGGUCGAUAAACGCGAAACGACCCGCGAAUCUGCCGAUCAGCGGCGCCAAGUUCGCUCCCCAGCGUCCGUUGUGGAGUAUGGACAGUCUCGCUGCGCGGAAGAAAGUUCCGGAACUUGAUUACGAUCAUAAUUACGGGUCAGAAAUGGAUCCGUUUUCCAUCUCGUACUAUGCCUCGGGCGGUAAUUUAUUGGUUGCGCCAACGGCAGAGGAAGAAAGCAUCAGCGAGGAAGAAAGCAUCGGCAAGAAUGAAAAUAAAAAGAAUAAAAAACGGAAAAAUGUUGAUGAAGGGGAAAUAAUGGUGCACAAGGUGGGCCGUCAGCAAGAUCCGAGCAAGCCCACAGUAAAUAUCGAAGCCUACGAAGAUGGGGAUGUGCGCAACGAGAAAAGCUACGUUGAACGACAUCUACGGUCGAAGCUCCCGCUAUUGGUCCGAAAUCUGAAAAAGGUCUACAACUGGAACUUUGCUCGGCCGGCGGUCGAUGGACUGACUUUUGGCGUAGAAAAAGGACAGUGCUUUGGCCUGCUAGGAGUAAAUGGAGCGGGCAAAACGACGACUAUUGAUAUCAUUACACAGCUGCGAUACGCCACGAGUGGAAGGGUCGAACUUUUGGGAGAACUCGAUGCGUCCGUUCCGAUCGGCUAUUGCCCGCAGUUUGAUGCAGUGCUUUUGGAUUUGACAGGGCUCGAGUCGCUUGAGCUGAUGGCCUGUUUCCAUGGGUAUAAGGAGCCGCGGAAAAUCGCCCUAGAGGCGCUCGAAGCCGUGGGAAUGGCAAAGCACGGCGACCACCAAUUACGAACAUAUGAACCAACAGCUGGCAUCGAUCCAAAGGCGCGACGGGACAUCUGGAAAUAUUUGAAUCUUGGAAACCAGGCAGAAACAGCCCAAUUAUUGACAUCUCAUUCGAUGGAUGAAUGCGAAGCAUUAUGCACCAAAAUAGCCAUUAUAAGUCGAGGGAAAAUGACGGCUAUUGGGAGUAGUCAACAUCUCAAGUCAAAAUACAGCACAGGAUACACGCUGACACUGUGGUUGAGAUGGAAAAAGUUUGCUGAUCUGAAACGGCCAACUAAACGGGAAGAGCUCGAUAUGUUUGAGGAGGUUCUGCGCGAGAUGCACGAUGAGGGAAAGUUACCGAAUGCAGGAACGGGCGAAGAGAUGAAGGGGUGGCAACACCGGUUUGUCGUGAGAAGAUUGGAUCGCCACAUCAGGGGCAUAUUCCCGGGAGCGGCCAUCAGGGAAGCGGGCGAAUCAUUGACGGUGUCUUGGCAGAUACCGCCCCAUCGAGAUGCAACAUGGUCCGUGUUGUGGGGAAAGCUCAUCGAUAUGGCUCCACUUCAUAAUGACCUCCUAAUUGAAGACUACAACAUCACGCAAUGCAGCCUCGAGGAUACGUUCUUGGAUCUGUUGAGCCACGAAGAGCAGAAGCAUCGCGAUGCCGACACAGUCUACCAGCAACAAUCUACCGGAGCCAGAUAUACCCCAGCCCCUCAGUAUAUUUCAGAGCUACACAAUGCACGU